AUGCAGGAGGAAGAAGAAGAAAGAUCGGUUCUUGGUUUGAGAACUCAAUGGCGGUUUCUCUCUGCUUUCAUUGUUUCCAUCUUUUCUUCUACUCAUGGCAGCGUUGGAUUUGGCUCCUCCGUCCCUUCCUCCUUGUUCACGAAUAAGAUCUUCGCUGCUCCCGAAACUCUCGAUGAACCAUCCUCUGAGGAAUUCUCCGAGGUUCCGAGCUCUUCCUCCAGAAGUGUAGACGCAGAUAAGAUGGCGCCAAAGCAAAAGAUUAGGAUCAAGCUUAGAUCAUACUGGGUGCCUCUUAUUGAGGACUCAUGCAAGCAGAUACUUGAGGCUGCGAGGAAUACUAAUGCUAAGACUAUGGGUCCUGUUCCAUUGCCGACCAAGAAGCGUAUCUACUGUGUUCUCAAGUCUCCCCACGUUCACAAGGAUGCAAGGUUCCACUUUGAGAUCCGGACGCACCAGCGGAUGAUUGAUAUUCUCUACCCUACUGCUCAGACCAUCGACUCCUUGAUGCAGCUGGAUCUUCCUGCUGGUGUUGAUGUGGAGGUGAAGCUUUGAAGAUCAACCGUAACUUUACAGUGGUGAUGGGCGCUUGCAUUGCAUGAACAGACUGUUUCAGAUCAACUACACUUCUUAGAACUUGUAAGCCCUGUAUCAUCUUUUUGGGAGCCUCUGUAAUGAAUAUUCUCUGGUUCUUGUUCUUAAUUGAUGAACAAAUCAGCUAGUAAGCAAGUUCAAAGGAAUCCUUUUUUGUAUGUGUGUUUACUAAUUGUUUUGCUGUCAACUGUUAUAAAUAAGUUCAAUGUAUUUUUCUUUUGUAUUUUA